GCAUACUCUAUACACGUAACCCAACAAUCUCACGAAGUUUCAUUAAAACAUUCAAUUUCACCCUAUUGAUAUCGAUGGUCCCUAUUAACAAUGUCGGUUAUGCAUUUUUACCAAUAUUCACUUUUUUACAUAAAUGAAUCACAUUAAUAAGACCUAUCGUACGUUACAUUUAGUCAGUUUCUUGGUUAAUAUUGUCGGUUGUAUUAACCUUGUCCGUGCAACAGUGUUGGUAGUGACGGAACCGCGUUUUCCGCGGGGCGUAGGGAGCGCGGGUGUGCGCGGAUCUGCCACUACGUACUUUGUCACUGGAAGGAGCGCUCGCGCGGUCAAAAUUGCAAUAUUAUUUAGAAUUUAUUAUUUUUGUGAGUGUAAAAAAAAGUGUCCCAACAUGUCGAAACGGGUCAGUGGGUCAUCUAUACGUUCUAAACGGAUUUAGAUCUAGUAAAUUGCAAUAAACAAGAUCCUACUUAUCAACUUGAGACAACAAGAUGUGACUUACAAGAUUAUCCCAUACCUACAGAACCUGAUCGAGGGUCUUCACCAAUACGUGUGCAUUCCGAUGAGGAGUUCACAGAAUGUCUACAAGAAAUGAUGGAUGAUAAUAAUGUAUUCAGUGACAAUGACGAACCUGUAACUGUUUCUAUACCUGAAGAGAGAAUUCCUGAAGAGGUCAUUCCUGAGAGGAGAGUCCCUGAAGAGACUGAGGUUUCCGUAACAGAAGAAAUGCAGGCAAUCUCUAAAGGCACAUCAAAGUCCAUUGACAAUUCACGAAGACCAAUGUGGAAACGAAUUCUAUUACAUAUGCUUGGAAGCGUAUGCCAUUAGGCCCGAUGAAGUCUAUGUAAAUCUUCCAACACCUUCAACUAUAGCUAUAACUACCACUAACGUAACACCGACUACACAAAAAGUUUCCAGGAAGAAAACUUACAAAACAGACAUAGGAAAGAAGAGACUUGUACACAAAGAGCAUUGGUGUGUAGUUCAAAGAAAGAAAAUGAAGAACGAAGGAAAAUCCUAUAUAAAUAAAAAAGGGAAACAAAUUGCAGAAAAAGUAUUAGGUCAGCCGUGUGGAAAAAAAUGUCGCUACAAGUGUACUGAAAACUACGCUCUAAAGCAAAGAGAGGCUAUCUUUUCAAAGUUUUGGGAACUGGGCGAUCGUAAUAAGCAUUGGGAGUUUGUUAUAAAGUAAAACCACUGAAAUAAUGAGUCUGUAAGCAAAUGUUUUCAAGUACAAUAUCUUCUGGUGAGCGAAUAAUAACAACGGCUUGGAAAAAAUAUGACGGCAUAGCAGCUGUAGAAGACAACAAGAGAGGAAAGUAUGACCAUAAACCUACAGUGAUUGAUGAAGUAAUGAUACAAAGUGUAAAAGACCACGUGAAUUGUUUAGAUCGAGUGGAUUCGCACUAUGCACGCAAAGAUUCUAAGAAACUCUACUUAAAGAACAUAAAAAGUACCUCGCAGAUGUACAAACUUUAUGUUGAAUGGUACGAUCCUCAUAAAUACACUAAUCAAGCCAACAAACGUCAAUACAUUGUAAAUGUUAAUUUCAACUUAGCAUUUCAAAAGCCAAAAAAAGACUUGUGUGAAGUUUGCCAUAUCUUUGCGAACAAACCAGUUUCAAACAGAAGAAGAAAAACAGAGUUUCUUGGAACAUCGAGCGCGAAAAAAGAAAGCUCGAUCACUUAAACAAGCUGAUAAAACAGUUGCAUGUGAAGAUCCUGAAAUCUUGUAGCUACGUUUGAUUUUCAAAAAGUUUUGCAGACUCCGGACGGUGAGGUAAGCAUAUUCUAUUACAAACGGAAACUGAAUAGGUACAACUUUACACUUUUUGAGCAUGGAAAUAAAACUGCGACUUGUUACAUGUGGCAUGAGUGUAUUGCUAAAAGAGGGGCUAAUGAAGUUUCAAGUUGCUUGUACGA